GAGAGAGAGAGAGAGGGAGGAAGGAGAGAGAUAAAGAAGUGAAGGAGAGAAGUCCAGAGCGCAGAAGGGAAGGCGAGAGGAAAAGGAAGAGGACAGAGGGAGCGGGAAGCGGCAGCGAAGGAGUCGAAGAGGGAGAGGCGGUGGAAAAGAGCAGGAGGGGGGUCCCGGGCUCCCCCCGGGACACUCCCGGCCAUGCUCCCCACUCGCCUGGGCCGCGGACCAGGGGCUGAGUGAGGCCCCGGCGGGGUCAGGGGUCAAAGGUCAAGGCGGGACCGGUCGCCUUGCCCGCUGGCUCUGCAGGCUGAGGCGGGCCAGGUCGCCCCCGGGGUCGCCCCCGAGGCCCACCAUGGGCCUGUGCCCGGGCCUGGGCCUGGCCCUGUGGCUGUGGGCACUCUGCCCCGGGCCCCGGGCCCAGGCCCUCGGCUGGGACCGGCACAACUUCCCGGCCGCCGCCGCCGCCGCCGGCCCCCGCAUCCCCAUCCUCGCCGGGGGCACCUGCGAGGUGAUCGCCGCUCGCCGCUGCUGCAACCGCAACCGCAUCGAGGAGCGCUCCCAGACCGUGCAGUGCUCCUGCCGCCCGGGCACCGUGGCUGGCACCACCCGCGCCCGCCCCUCCUGCGUGGACGCCUCCAUCGUCACCGGGAAGUGGUGGUGUGAAAUGGAGCCGUGCCUGGCCGGCGAGGAGUGCAAGACCCUGCCCGAUAACUCGGGCUGGAUGUGCCUCCUGGGGAACCGCGUCAAGACCACCAAGAUCCACCCCAGAUACUGAGACUGGAGCCGAGAGUCACCC